AUGGUGCGGAAGCGGAGCGACAUCGACUGGUAUAGCGUGUUUUUGGCUGCCUUUUCUCACGACGGCGCGGUCGACGCCGACUCUGACUCCCCCGCGCCAGGGCCGCAAGCCCCCACAUCUCCAGGCGGCCGCCAAAGGUUUGAGGAGCCACACAGCGAGUUCGAGCGGCGCUUUGGCUCCGACGCGCUGGUUGAUGACGAGCCGCACUUCCGACUCACCCGUGCGACGACCAAGGCUGCUGUUAGUUUGGGACCAGAUGUGGAUGUUCCUUCUGCUUCUAAGGGCGUCGAUGAUUUCAGUAAGAUUCCUACACUUGCUGUCGUUAACAUUUUUAACCUUGCACAUCAGCGGAUGGUUAAAGUUGGAUUCAGAGAAUUUGGGCUCAUGUCAUGGGGUCCAGUAGAUGAGGAUGAGCAGGAGGAACAUGUGAGCCAUGAACACUGCUCGAAGUCAUCUCCCAAGUUUAGUAGGGAGAAGAAGAAUGAUGGCAAGCUACCCAUGAAUAAAAGGAAAAGUCAAGGCCAUGGUGGAAAAAGGAAACCUCCCAUGAACAAACGGAUGACUCAUGCCAUUGAUCCAGAGGAGUCUGAUUAUAAAAGUUCACUUCCCAGUAGAUUCUCUGAGAGGAGGAAGCAACAACUUCAGAAUUCAUCUUCUGUUCAUUCUCGAAAGGUUCAAGAUGUGGUUCUAUUGGAUGAUGAAGAUAUGAAACCUAAGGAAGAAGUGAACUGUGAGAUGUCUGACAGACUGAAUGAACCAGAGAUCUACUACCCAUCAAGAGAUGAUCGAGAAGCUGUCAAGAUCACCAGAUCUGAUAUUAAAUGUCUUGAUCCUCAAGUAUUUUUGUCUUCACACGUGAUAAACUUCUACAUCAAGUACAUCGAAAGGACCAGAUUGUGUAAUGAAAAUUUCAGAGACAAAUUCUACAUAUUCAACACAUAUUUUUUUGGAAAGCUUGAAAAAUCAUUGCAUCAGCCGAGUGACUUCCCAAUGUUGAGAAGAUGGUGGAAAAGUGUCAAUAUAUUCAAUAAUGCAUACAUCAUCUUGCCUAUCCAUGGGAAGGAGCACUGGAGCUUGGUAAUCAUUUGCCUUCCUCCAAAAGAGAAAAUUUCAGAACCAAUCAUACUUCAUCUGGACUCCCUAGGGAUGCAUCGCAGUAAUAAGAUCUUGAACAUAGUUGCGAGGUACAUUGAAACGGAAUGGCGCUUCUUAUCCGUUGCAGACCCAGCAUGGCCGUGUCUUCUAAGUGAUAUACGCAAGGAAACUGUCCAGGUUCCACAGCAGAAUAACACGUACGACUGUGGUAUCUUCAUGCUUUAUUACAUUGAACAGUUUAUAAAAGAGGCACCAGCAAGGUUCACAGCCGAUAAACUCGACAUGUUUAGUCGCAGUUGGUUCAAACCAGAAGAAGCAUCUAGUCUAAGGCAGAGAAUAAGAGACCUACUGCUAGUAGAAUUUGAAACUGCCAGGCUGGAUCAGUGUUGCAGAAUCAGUGUUGCAGAAUCAAGGGAGAGAAUAAAGGGCAUCGGUGUUGCAGAAUCAGAUGAAGCAAAAGCAACUGGGGAGGCCAUCGGCAGCACGCCAAUUUUGGAUGCAGUUAGUGACAGCGGUGUCAAAAGAUUGGAGGGGAAUGAGGACGUCACUGGUAGUAGCAUGCCAAUUCCAGAUGCAGUUUGUGAGAUCACUGGGACCAAGGUGUGGAUCAAAAGAGUUUACAGACCAACAAGUGGUACAACGUUGGAACCUGCUUUAGUUGUUGCACGCAGCUCUUGUCCUGCAACUGGUGUUGCUGCUGCUGCUGAAGAACAAGAGGAGCCGGCAGGAGAAGAGGCGCUGGAUGCUGUGGAUCAGGCUUCGGGCUCUCGGCACAAUGGGAGGCCUAUUCGGAAGACAAAGCCCAACCCCAAGUGUGUUGGUCCACAAUGGGCGUAG